ACUUUCCCACAGACCACACCGGAGAGAAUAUUGCCCUGGGACUGAGAGUGUCUGUCCUUACGUGCGUCACCACAGACAAUGCCACAAUCAUCAUCAAAGCGGUGGAACUUAAUAAAUGGACCAGACUUCAAUGUUUUGGACACAGGCUGCAUCUUGCAAUUGAAAAUGCUGUUAAAGAUGAUGCAAGAGUUAAACGAGCAACAGGACUUUGCAAACAGAUGGUUGGUGUCUUCUCUCAUAGCUGGAAAAAGAAGACAGCGUUGAAAAAGGCACAGCAAGAAUUAAAUUUACCUGAGCACUCACUGAUUACAGCGUGGCCAACAAGAUGGGGUUCAAGGCAAAAAAUGAUUGGGAGGGUGUUGGAGCAGAGCAAGGCAUUGUCUCAGGUUCUGACUGAAGACAAGAAGAUGCGUCACCUGGUCCCCACUUGGCAGGACAUAGAUGUCCUUGAAUCAAUAAACAGUGCCCUUGGUCCUCUUCAGGAGUUCACAGAUGCUCUGUCUGGUGAAGCCUAUGUAAGCGUGUCGUACCUGAAGCCAGUCCUCCAUCUCCUGAGAACAUCAAUCCUGACUGAAAAGGAUGAGGACACUGAUCUUACCAAGGAAAUAAAGUCAAGCGCUCUUGCUUACACUGAAGAUAAAUACAGCGACCCAGCCACACAGGAGCUACUGGACAUUACUUUGUUCCUUAAUCCUAGAUUCAAGACUGACUACAUAAGAGCAGAGAAUGUCCCAAAGAUCAAAGACAGAGUGAAGACUGAAAUGGAAGAGGUGGCACGAAAGGAAAAGAGGGCUCGUGUCAGCACCACAGAUGCCAUGUCCCAGGGUGCAACAGAGGCAGCGCCAUUCACCAAAGGAAAGGGAAAGCGGUCACUUAGCAGCUUCUUCAAGAGCAAGGCUGUCCCUCCAUCUUCCACUUUGCAGUUGGAGGAUGCCAUUAAAGCUGAACUGGACAACUACCUGAUGACUCCAACUAUCGAUGGAGAAGAAGAUCCACUGGUCUGGUGGAGAAUGCACAAUGUUAAUUUUCCAUGGCUGUGCAAACUGGCUCGUAAAUUCCUGUGCAUACCAGCCACCAGUUCGCCGUCAGAGAGGCUGUUUAGUGCUAGUGGCAAUAUUGUCACAUGUCAACGCUCAUGUCUGAAACCAUCAAAGGUUGACAUGCUGGUUUUCUUGACCAAAAAUCUGUAAAGAGUGAUGUAGAGAUGUCAAGGAAGCAAGUGUUAUUGUCAUUUUUUUGUCAUACUUGUUGGUAUUACUUUACACAUUGUGAAUAAUGCAUUGAAGCAUAAUUUGAAGAAAAUCGCAAAUCGAAUUAAAAUCGCAAUAUCUGCUGGAAAAAUCGUGAUCAGAUUUUUUCCUGAAAUCGUUCAGCCCUAAUUCCAUGUAGUUGGACAUGAGGCUGAAACAAGAUCAAGAAUCUGCAGACAUGCUAGCAGCUUUGUCAUUAGAAACCUAGAAAUGUGUCAACAGCACACUCACAAUGUCAACAAAACUAUUUUCACAGGCCGAUAGUUUUCAGCUUUCUGCACGGUAGUUUUAGAAUAUUGGGUAGUAAAAUCUGUCCAUCACCGUUAAAAGCAAAGCAGAGCUGGGACUGAUGGGAUUGUACCACCAGGAUCUCUUGAUCCCCAGACUUUCCGUUAAGUUACAUUACUGGAGAAAUGUACAAUAUGAAAAGCAUACAACAUCAAUGUCCAGAUUUAGGUCUUAAUGGCAGCAGGGUCAAUUCAGACCACCAACACUUUCUAGUUUCUCCUAGGGGACCAGAUGUUGAUACCAGUCCAGAAAAGAUCUGUAAUUCUGCCACUGAAUUCUGGAUUUGACCCCAACGACCCGGGCAAUUUGUUGUGCAGCAGUUACACAAGCGUUCACCAUCAAACAACAAAAGCAACAAAACAGUAAAACAGUUAAAGGAAUAGCAACAAUUUAAGGAAACGCUUCAAA